UUCCCACAAUCGAUGACGUAGUACGCAUACAGUACCAGAAGAAGCAAAUAUUUACUUGAAAACAAAGGUUAGAUACCCUUUGUUGUGUGUCAUUAGACACAUUUGACCGGAAUGAUCGACUGGAUCUGUUGACGAUAUACCUGGGGGGUUUCACAGCCAUCCUUAUUAUAAAUCUGUAAGGAAAGCAUAACAAAAUGAAAUUUGCAGAACAUCUGGGAGCACACAUCACUCCAGAGUGGAGGAAGCAGUACAUCCAGUAUGAGGCUAUGAAAGAAAUGCUGUAUGAAGCACAGGAGCAAUCACCGUCCGCCGAAGUUACUGACCAGACUAUCAUACAGAGGUUUCUGGGCAGAUUUGAUGAGAGAUUUUUCCAGUUUUGUGACAAAGAAUUAGCUAAAAUCAACACCUUUUUCUAUGAAAAGAUUUCUGAGGCUAACAGAAAGUAUGCUAGCCUUAAAGCUGAGAUGGAGACCUUCCAUGAGCAUGCUCACAAACCAUCGACAGUGGGUCUGCGUCAGAGACGUGCCAGCGUAAAGACAUUGUUCAAAGACAAGGAGAUGAGUGGUGUGGCACAUACACGGAAGCUGCAUGAUCUCAAACUGGCCUUUAGUGAGUUCUACCUCUCACUUAUACUCCUACAGAACUACCAAACCCUCAACUUCACAGGCUUCAGGAAGAUCCUUAAAAAACAUGACAAGUUGAUGUCAACUCAGAGGGGAACAGAAUGGAGACAAGCUCACGUGGAGGCUGCACCUUUCUAUACCAACAAGGAGGUCGACCAUCUGAUCACAGAGACAGAGAACAGUGUGACAUCGGAUCUGGAAGGAGGAAACAGACAGAAGGCAAUGAAGAGGCUGAGGGUGCCACCUUUAGGAGAAACGCAAUCACCUUGGACAACCUUCAGAGUGGGGCUGUUUUUUGGAUGGUUCUCAGUGAUGACAGUCGUCCUGGUGCUAACAGCUGUUUUCUCUGGCCACUCUGGGAAGUGGGAGCCAGCCCUGAGGAUGUAUCGCGGGAUGUUCCUUAUUAUACAGAUGAUUUUCCUGCUGGGAAUCAACACUUACGGCUGGAGGUCAUCAGGGGUCAAUCACGUUCUUAUCUUCGAGAUUGACCCCCGACAUCAUCUUUCUCAUCAACAACUGUUAGAGCUGGCGUCCUCCCUGGCGGUACUGUGGGCUAUCAGUUUGCUGUGUUAUUUCUUCAGUGAUACACUCCACAUUCCAGCGUUUGUGUUUCCGCUGUCCUUAGCUGUAUUUGUGUUGAUCUUCCUCAUCAAUCCUUUACCAAUCCUCCAUAAAAGUUCACGUAUGUGGCUUCUCACUGUUUUGAAGCGGAUUUUUCUUGCACCGUUUUACAAAGUAGGAUUUGCUGACUUCUGGCUGGCUGAUCAGCUUAACAGCUUAGCCACAGUUCUACUUGACUUUGAAUUCCUCAUUUGUUUUUAUGCCUUUGAAGUGGACUGGCUCUACAAUAAAUCUCCUGGAGUGUGCACUAUGAAUAAGUAUGGAAUCCGUGCUGUUGUCAGCUGUCUUCCUGCCUGGUUCCGAUUUGCCCAGUGUCUCCGUCGUUAUCGGGAUACCAAGCUUGCCUUCCCUCACUUAGUGAAUGCUGGGAAAUACUCUACAACAUUCUUCUCAACAAUUUUUUCAACAUUGUACAAAGUGCAAAUUGAACUGUAUGGAGAGGAACAGCGUCAGGCCAACGUAUUUUUUUACCUGUGGAUUGCAGCGUCUGUCAUCAGCACCUGUUAUACACUGACCUGGGACAUAAAGAUGGACUGGGGUCUGCUGGACAGGAGUGCUGGGGAGAACGCAUUCCUUCGUGAGGAGAUUGUAUACGCCUACAAGGCAUACUAUUAUUUUGCAAUGGUGGAAGACUUUGUGCUGAGGUUUGCCUGGACAUUAACUGUGUCAAUAGGAGAAGGAGGCUACUUCCCAGGGGAGGCCCUCAAAACACUGCUGGCAUCUUUAGAAGUGUUUAGACGUUUUGUGUGGAACUUUUUCCGUCUGGAGAACGAGCACUUGAAUAACUGUGGUCAGUUCCGAGCAGUGCGUGACAUCUCCAUUGCGCCAAUUGACUCUAAUGACCAGGCUCAGCUGGAAGACAUGAUGGAUCAGGAUGACGGAGCGUACACAUAUCGUUCAGAGCGUAAACGACUCAUUGGCAACAAAUCAUCGACAUCAUUAGGUCGUCGCCGUUCCUCAGUCGCACUGCGACUUUUUGAUCAGCUGGUGUGGGAUUAGUGUGAUCAUUAUUGAUCACAAGUCAGGACCUCUAAAAAGGACAAGGGAGCAGCAUUGUGGGUAUUUGGUGACGAGACCAUGGAGAAGAUCCCUUGGAAAUACAAGGGAGUGUGACAACUUUACGAAGGAGAAUGACAAAAGGGGGAGUAACUCUACCAUAACUCCCAUACCCAGGGUAUGUGAUAAUCAGACAGCAGUAAAUCAAGACAUUCUUUGUGCUCAGCUAACCAGAUAUAGCGUUAUCUUGCCCUUUUACUUACUCAGUUGAAUAAACAAGAACUACAUUGUAGUAGAAAGCAACUUUUAUGAUACGGAUAUAUCUUUAUAAAGCCAAACAUAUUUUUAUAUAUGCAGAUUUGUAACUUGUACCGGUUAUAUUGGAAGUUUUGUUCUGUUUGAUAUCCUGUUUAUGUAAUGUUAUCCAUUCCAUAUCAUUUAUGGUUGAAUACUUGUUUUAGUGGAAUUGUACUGUUGUAUUGUAGACAGUCUUGAAGCCAUGUUAUUUAUACAGAUCAAGUUUAAAUUGUAGUCAGAUUUUGUUUUAUCUGUUAUUCCAUAAUUGUGUUCAUAAAAGAAUUUUUUAUUAUGAAUAUGGCAAUUAGAAAGAAUGCAUAAUUAAUGCAAACAUGAUAUCAUGUUAAUCUAUUUUUUAAUUUUCUGCAAGGUUUCAUUGUCUUGUACCAGUAUCAGAUUUUAUCAUUACAAAAUAGGGUAUUGUAGGUAUUUUUACAUUAAAUCCUAAUUUUUAUUUUCACGUGUACCCAAAUCAUGGCAUUUGUAUAUUAGAACACAUGACACCAGAGGCUGAUAUCGUUGGCUUAUUGCCUUCAGUGUGGAUGUAAAUCAAUGAUACCAGAGAGUAGCUGAUGUAUGAAUGUUCAGUGUGGGAAGUGAUGUAUGUAAGUUUGGUGUUGAUACAGAAGAUAUCAUUUUUAUGAAUGUUAGCCAGAUUUUAAUUGUAAUGAUAGAUCCACAGCUUAUCAUUAAGGACCAGGUGAGUGUCACAUGUUUGGUGUCAUUUAAACUCUUAGUCCUCUUGAUUUUAAUAGAGACAAAGCAUUUUUACCUGUGAUACCUAUGAACUUUAUAUUAAAGGUCGGCACAGAUAGAUUUGCCCAAUUAAAAGGUGUAAAUGCCUUACAUACAAUGUAUGUAUGUGUUUACAUAUAAGAUGUAUUGCAUGAAAACUUUGUUAAUGCUAAUAUAGAAAUAUUUGUUAAUGUUUUAAAGAGAGUUGAAAUCUGUUGAACUGCAAAUAAAAUCAAAUCAUGAAGAAUGUUGAAAUGAUA